CAGUAUACAGGUAGAGGACAGGGAUGGAUCACAGACAGGCGGAUUUCGCACUUUGUGGACGCGCAAAGGCAACAUUGUAGCGUAUCGUAUCCUGGAAUACUCUUACGUUCAAAACUAUUUUUUCUCAAUUCGCGAUUUAUACAUCAAAUAAGUCUCUGGUGCACCAAAACUGUUUUGCAUAUCGCGCGCAAUCAUGUUUUUGUUGCUAAGGUCAGUUCUUUUUGUUAAUGUGUUUUACGUUCAAUGGGAAAUUGCUGGUUCAAUGCAAAGUCAAUUUUGCGCACCCGUCAGACUGGAUCAUCAGAGGCUUGGGAAGAGCAUCUUAUUCAGUGUUGAAGAGAACAUGUUGCCACAAAGAGUUGUAUUCAAAAUAAGUGCAUUUGAACAAGAUUUUGUACUCGAUUUGCAGUCGGACUCCAGCUUCCUUGCCCCAAGCUUCUCGUCACACACGGACGCAACUACACAGAAUUCAGCACAGAGCGCAGAUGUGAGCCGGUGUUUCUAUGCCGGUGAGGUGAAUUCCGAUCCCAUUUCCUAUGCAGCUCUGAGUUUAUGCAAAGGCUUGCAGGGCGCAUUUGGCUAUGAUGGCUGGGAAUAUUUCAUUAAGCCGGCUUCCAACGACACCGCCUCGGCAACCGAUUGGGACAAUAUGGAUGCGCAUUUUAUUAGCCGCAGGUCCAACGCCAAUCUGAGUGGAAACUCCACGUCAAGAUGCGGCGUGGACAGCGGCGUGACCAACAGCGUUGCCCAGUCUUUGGCAAAGUUUAGACACAUGAAGGAACAACACAUUAAGAAUAUGAGCAUGUCAGUCCUGAAAAAUCGCUCGAAAAGAUUUGUCUCCAUUCCGCGUUAUGUUGAGACAUUAGUGGUGGCCGAUGAGUCAAUGGCCAAAUUCCACGGUGACGACCUUAAGCAUUACGUGCUGACCUUAAUGUCAGUGGCAGCAAGGCUUUACAAACACCCUACCAUUCUCAACUCUAUCAACAUAGUGGUUGUCAAGUUUAUGGUGAUUAACGAGGAGGAGAAAGGACCCAAGGUUUCCGGGAACGCGGCGAUGACCCUGCGUAAUUUCUGCACCUGGCAAAAGAAGCUCAACAAGAACAAUGACAAGCAUCCGGAGUAUUGGGAUACGGCCAUCCUAUUCACAAAACAGGACCUGUGUGGAGCCUCAACCUGUGACACGCUGGGUAUGGCAGACGUAGGCACCAUGUGUGACCCCAAGAGAAGCUGCUCUGUGAUUGAAGAUGAUGGGUUGCCAUCAGCCUUCACUACUGCCCAUGAGCUUGGACAUGUCUUCAAUAUGCCCCACGAUAAUGUUAAGGCAUGUGAGGAGGUGUUCGGCAAGCUGGAGGACAAUCACAUGAUGUCUCCCACUUUGAUCCGAAUCAAUCGCACCAGUCCCUGGUCCCCAUGCAGUGCUGCCAUUAUCACUGACUACUUGGACAGUGGACACGGUGACUGUCUGCUAGAUCAACCUCAGAAACCUUUAGCUCUGCCAGAUGUGCUCCCCGGCGCAUCAUACAGUCUAGAGCGGCAGUGCGAGCUUGCGUUCGGAGCUGGUUCGAAGCCUUGCCCCUUCAUGCAGGCACCAUGUCAGCGCUUAUGGUGCACGGGGAAGACCCGUGGGCAGCUGGUGUGCCAGACGAGACACUUUCCAUGGGCAGACGGGACCAGCUGUGGGGACGGACAGCUUUGUAUGCGGGGCACGUGUAUAGAGAAACAAGAAAUGCCUAAAACUAAGGUGGAUGGCAGAUGGGGUAAAUGGGGACCUUUCGGAACUUGUUCCAGAUCUUGUGGAGGUGGUGUACAGCUGUCAAAACGAGAGUGUAUUAACCCAGUUCCAGUUAAUGGUGGAAAAUACUGCCAGGGAGUGAGAGUUAAAUAUCGGUCCUGCAACCUCAAUCCAUGCCCUGACACAGGCAAGAGCUAUCGUGAGGAGCAGUGUGAAGCUUAUAAUGGCUUCAGUCUGAACACUAACCGGCUGACCCCAUCUGUGGUGUGGGUGCCCAAAUAUUCUGGCGUGUCCGCCAAAGAUAUGUGCAAGCUGAUCUGCAGGGCAAAUGGAACAGGCUACUUCUACGUCCUCGCCCCAAAGGUUGUGGAUGGAACACCAUGUUCUCCUGACUCCUCAUCUGUCUGUGUGCAAGGCAAAUGCAUCAAGGCAGGUUGUGAUGGAAAACUGGGCUCCAACAAGAAGUUUGACAAGUGUGGUAUAUGUGGAGGAGAUAACAAGAACUGCAAGAAGGUGUCAGGCCUUUUCACUAAGCCCAUCCAUGGCUACAACUUUGUGGUCAUGCUUCCUGUGGGAGCCGCUAACAUCGACAUCAGACAGCGUGGCUAUAAAGGAAUUCUGAGUGACGACAACUACCUUGCUGUGAAGAACAGCCAGAGCAAGUACCUGCUCAAUGGAAACUACGUGGUUUCGGCCAUGGAGAAAGACAUUCUCGUAAAAGGGAGCUUGCUCCGCUACAGUGGAACCAUUGGUUCCUCUGAGACAGUUCAGGCGGUUAAGCCUCUGGGUGAGGCCCUGGUCAUUGAGGUGUUGUCGGUGGGCCAGAUGACACCUCCACGUAUUCGCUAUUCCUUCUUCCUGCCACGGGAGAGCAAAGAAAACAAGGUGCAAAAGAAGGAGGAAAGGGCACGUGCGGAAAACAGCGUCCUUAGGGAAGAGGGAGAAAUCGAUAAAGUUGGAAAAGAGCUAGACCUCCUCAAGGACAACAUCUCACCGCUUUACGGCAAAGAAAGCUUACCGUCACCGGCGAAGUGGGUGGCUGGAGGGUGGGAUGUGUGCUCUGUUACUUGUGGAAACGGACUCCAGAAGAGACUGAUGCAAUGUCUUAAAGGGGAUGGUGGGCCUGGGCUUGACUGUGACCCUGACCAAAAGCCCAGCACCAUUCGGGUAUGCGGAGAUCCUUGCCCCAUGUGGGAGGUGGGCGACUGGUCCCCCUGCUCCAAGACCUGUGGGAAGGGGUUCAAACGGCGCUUGCUUCUUUGUUCAACAAGUACAGGAAAACUGCUGCCCAGGGAGCAAUGCUCAGGCAAGAAGAAACCGCAGGAGCUGGACUUCUGUUCACUGACUCCUUGUAAAUAAUCCUUACCUCCAUAAAUGGACCUUACAUUGUGUCACAUUAAAUAUUCAACUGAGGAAAGAUCAAAAAAGAGGCUAUAUAGUUUAUGCUUUCUGAAAGAGAGAAAGAUAAAACUGUAGCAAACACUUGCAAAUGAAAGUCAUGAGACAGACAACAGUUCAACUGCCUUGAACACGAUUGCAAAGAGUUUUCUACCUCUAACUGUAGCCAAAUUGUUGAAUAAGACUUCAAAAUCAUCCGGAUGAGACCAAAUUUAUAAGCAUGGCAUUUACGUCAACAGGUGCUACUUAAGUAUGGUCAAAACAACAUAAAAAUAUGCAUAAUGUUUUCAAUGCUGUUCACAACAAUCCCACACUGCACAAAUCCAUUGCUUUUGAUUGAAUUUUACACAAGUGUAAAGGUACUUUUUGUGUGAGAGCUAUUGAUGUGUGAAGUGAUCUUCAAUGAAUGCUUGCAGUGGAGCCCAACCCAAACACUGAUGUCCUCCAUCUGGGUUAACAGAAACAUUCCACAGGGUAUAUAAUAAACUAGCUCGGAAAAUGCCCAUGUACUGCAUGGAACUGGCUGCAACUCUUAAAAGCACAGAGAGCAGCAAUGGCGUCUUGGGAAAAUCAUCUGGGGAGCGAUUAGUCAUAUUCAGAACCUCCACAGAGGUUAAUAUUUGUAAAUUGUUUACUAAAUAGGUUUUUUACACAUUUUGCUGUACUUCAAAACCAACUACAUGCAAGCAGCUCUCUCCUUUCACAUACAUAAGGUUUUAGUGCAAGCGCAAUCUCCAUAUCAACAAACAGACCUAAAUAUUAACAUUUUUUGCAACGCACAACAAGUAGAGCGAGGAAGCAGGAAGCAUGCUUUACAUCUCACAGUUAAAUGAAGUCAUCGGUCUAGUAUUGUGAUUGGAAGUCGUCUCAGCCAAGCACAGCUAUUUUCCAUCAUGCCCUUUCAUGCAAUCCAACGAUCCAUCUUUACCACUGCAAUAUGAUGUGCAGUAGCUCAGAAGGGGCCAUUUUUACAAAGUGCAGACCAGAGAAAUAUUUUUGCCUUAAGAGAUAUAUUAGCCCCUUAAAAUGAAACGGCAAGAAGACAGUUUUGUGUAUACAAGGUCUGUGUCUUAUCAUUAUGCGCGUUAGCAUGUAUGCCUUUUGCCGUUAGAUUUUUCACAUGUCCAUUCAUCUCCCCAAAGUCCCCACUGUUAUUUAGCUCAGCAUACCCAGUUUUUCUGGUCAGCAUAUGUCUCGCUGUCAGGCACGUUUUAUACUGCCAAAAACAUUCCCUUCUCGUCCAAUUUUAAAAAAGGAGUCCCCCUUUUGUGCUGUUGUUGUAAUGCUGUUCACCAACAUGUACUCCUUCACUUCUCUACCACUGAGCCAGAGGUGCAGCUGCUAUAAUCAUGCCCUGUCUGGUACAGUUGCCAUUUUAACUAAGUUAUUUUUGCUAUUAUAAUGAAUUUAUAAGAACUGGUGGCUGGUGGCAGACGGUUAUACAGUGUCCCGCCCUGCGCUUUAGUGGCGAGAUUUUUUUCUUUGUAGACAGUCCCUGAAACACACGAAACAUUUUCCAUUUGUGAUUGAGGUUCUUCAGAGUGACCAUAUCGUCCAUCUAAAAGAUGGUUUCUGUAUUACUUUAAUGCAUAUUUUUCUUUUGCGCUUUUGUACAGCAAAAGAUUUCAUUGUCCUGCAUGGGCUUGUAUACCAUGUAUACAUCCAUCUGGCUGUGCACAAGUCAUGUAAAUACCUAUUAUGUCUUGUUACACAUAAAUAUAUUUUUUCCUUGUCAAUGCUUUAAGGUAUUUAUUCCUAAUAAAACAUUUAGAAUUAUUUUGUUGUACAGUUUGC